UCACAGACUUGAAGAGGAGAUGUGGAGGCUGAUCAAGAGGAUCCUGGGGUUCCUCAUACCAGCCAGGGCCAUCAUGGGUGUACCUCUCAAGGAGGUGGAGUAUGGAGAAGGACAUCAGUUGGCUGACGAAGAGCUCUUUAUAGGAGCAGAAACAAAGGCAUUCAUGGCAAGGAAAGAGCUCCCUGUGUCAGCGGAGAAGAAAAUCUUUCAAUCUGUGAGAAGAUUCUAUGAAGCAGUGCUUCAGAAGAUGUUCUCCUCCUUUCCUCUUGACCAUCCACUCCUGAAGGACAUGAAAGUGCUGGACCCUGCUGCUCGCCUUGACAUUACUCCAGGGACAGUGGCAAGGCUAGGGGCCCUUUUCCCUCAGUUGAGCUUGAGUGAGGAUAGGCUGAGAGAGGAACUCAUUGACUACCAGGUGACAGAUAGCAAGCAUCUCCCACAAGAAGACAAAACUGACAGAUUCUGGGGACUGGUAGGGAAAGAUGUGAGGUUCAGUGAGCUGCCAAGAUUAAUGGAGGCUUUACAAUGCAUUCCCCACAGCAAUGCCAGUUCUGAAAGAGUGUUCAGUAUGCUUCAGCGCAGCCCUGGGAGCAAGAGUGGCUCUCAGUUCUGGGUUUUAUCCUCAAACCAAUGUCCAACUAAGAGGAAGAACCAGAAACUGUGUGUGCUCUGUGUGUCCCUCUACUUGGAGUUUGCAGGAUAUUUCAGUCAGUUCUGCUCAACACCAUAUCACCACACAAUCAGCGUCCUCAACCGCACUGUUGAGCAGAACCUCCGCCUCGCUAAUCGCAGGGGAUCUCCAGCUUUGCAAUAUCACUGGUCUGAAGGUUUGGCUCUUAACUCGUGA